GAAGAAGAAUGACACACACAUUCGUGAAAAUUAUUUUUUCAAUCAAUGUUUGCUUGCAUCUAGAAAUAGUGAAAUUACAGUGAUAAAUAUAAGAAUUUCUAUUAUAUCGCGUAUAAAUUCACUUGAGGAGUAAUUACUUAUCAUUCGAAUUUCAUAUUGUUAUUAUUGGAUUUAGGUUGUGGCUAUUGACAACAUAGUGCAGUAUAGAUUUUGUUCUGCAAAGAAAAUAAGCGCAACAAUAGCGUGGGUGUGGAAAGUUACCAUAAUUGCAUGGUAUCUAAGCACAGUAUACGGUGCAAGUGCUGCAACGGCGCUUCUGGAUGCCGGGUUGCUAAUACCACAUUCUGAAUAAUUUGUCGGUCCUCGCGUAGGCGUGACGCGAUUUAUUAUUACGAGAUAGAUAUCAGUCUAUACUAAACUGAAACGUAGAGAUCAGCAAUUUGAUUCAAGAUUGUAGUUUGUAUUAUAUGUAUGUAUUACAUGGAUCAAUACUAAACAUUUUGAGCUUGAACUAUACUAUGAUGUGUUUUGAGUAUCUUGGUUAAGUGACAAAAUAGCUGCCAGGAUGGAAGACGACGGAGAUGAUAAAGAUGACUCUAAAAGGAGGACACGUAACUUGAGUGAGAAAAAGCGGCGGGACCAGUUUAACAUGUUAGUAAAUGAAUUAAGCUCCAUGGUCUCGUCUACCAACAGAAAAAUGGAUAAAUCCACAGUCCUUAAGGCUACAAUAUCAUUUUUAAAAAAUCAUAAUGAGAUCACAGUGAGGUCAAGGGCUCACGAUGUGCAAGAAGACUGGAAACCGGCAUUUUUGUCAAAUGAAGAAUUUACUUUUUUAAUUUUGGAAGCUUUAGAAGGCUUUGUCAUGGUUUUUUCCGCCAGUGGGCGAAUCCAUUAUGUUUCUGAAAGUAUAUCGUCACUCCUCGGUCACAAUCCUGCUAGUCUAUUAAACCAAAGCAUCUUUGAUUUGGCUUUCGAAGACGAUCGGCCAAGCUUGUAUAAUUUGCUUCAGAAUCCGGCACCACUAUUGGAGGCCCAGCAAGGUAUUAACGAAGAAAACGAGGUAAGGUUCCAGUGUCACUUACGGCGCGGAACCCUAGACUUCAGAGAUGAAACCACCUAUGAGCUUAUCCAGUUCAAUGGUCAUUUUAGAGCUAACAUGGACCAACCUGAUCGUGAGGAUAUAAUAUAUCAACAUGACCGAGAUUCACGGUUGCUCUUCGUUUGUACCGGCCGCUUAUACACGCCUCAGCUGAUCCGCGACGUGUCGCUGGUAGACUCGAAUAGAAACGAAUUCACGUCCAGACACAGUUUGGAAUGGAAAUUCCUCUUUCUCGACCACCGCGCGCCGCCCAUCAUUGGAUACUUGCCUUUCGAAGUAUUAGGCACCUCUGGAUACGAUUAUUACCAUUUUGAUGAUCUGGAGAAGGUUAUGACGUGCCAUGAAGCACUGAUGCAAAAAGGCGAGUUGACGUCUUGUUACUAUCGCUUCUUGACGAAGGGGCAGCAGUGGAUCUGGCUUCAGACCCGUUUCUACAUCACAUACCAUCAGUGGAACUCGAAGCCAGAGUUCGUUGUAUGCACACACCGUGUCGUCAGCUACUCGGAUAUAGUCAAGAGUAUGAAAGAAGAGGGAGUUGAAACUGAACCAGCGAGCGAGACGGAUAAUAAUAAUACGAUGAAAGAUAAUCCCUCCGAAGACAUGGUUACUAUGUCGCCAUCAUACAUGUCAGAGGUUAGCGACGCAUUCGGCAAUAACUACCAUCAUAUGUCACAGCCCGCUUCUGUGAAGUCAGCGUCUGGAGGCAGCACGACGGGCACCGUGGCGACUUCGAACACGGCAGCGACCGCAGCUGCGUCCUGGACUCGGGCUUCUCACACCCGCUACACCGCCUCCGACACCGCCUCGCUCUCCGGCGAUUCUCAGAGGUCUCAGCGGAACAGCUCCCAAGAGGCGCAUCAGAUGGAGCCGGCCCUGGUGCCGCAACACGGUAUCGGGGCUCAGUACUUGGACCCGGCGCCCUACGUCAGCGCUGUGGGAGUCCAGGGCGUCCUGCCUCGCCCCUUACCCCCCUUGCCGGUCUUGCCGCCUCUGCCUGUUAUCGUAUCGCCGGACCAGGCUCAGUUGCAGUUGCAGCGGAAACAUGAGGAGCUUCAACAAAUGAUCGUGCAGCAGCAGGAGGAACUGCGCCAAGUCAAGGAGCAGCUGCUGCUCGCCAGGCUUGGUAUGUUGCAGCCGAUUAUAAACGUUCCAAGCCAGUAUAUGACGUCUGAGGAGUUGCAACAGAACCAACGGCCAGCACAGAUAGUGUACGACGUGCAGGCGCCGCGCCCUGCCGUCGUGUACCCCCCGCCGCAUCACUCUCAAGACAACAAUCUCCAACACAAUAAUAUGCCACAGUGACGCGACAUCUUGUUGAUGUUCAUUGAUUGACUACUAUAAGAUAUGAUCCUAGUCUAAAUAGUACCCUGGGACUGUAUUUUGAGUUACCGUCAUUAUGAAUAGUCUAUAUCAAUAUCUAUACAUGUUUUUUAAUCAAAUACAGUUAAACGUACAUAUAGAAAUUAGAUUAAUGGUCAAUACAUAUACUCUGUGGUUUUGGCCUAGAGUAAGAAAAACUUAAGUGUUACUUUAAAAUGUAGUCGAUAUCUGUGAGCAUAGGUCGAGAGUUCGAUGCCUGUUUGAACUAGUGGAUAGCGCUGUCGAUUAUAGAUAGCGGAUUAUCCGUAAGUGUAUGAUGAAAUACUCUUCGAAUUUGAAAAUGAACGAAAACUAGAUGUUAAUAAAUCGCAAACGCGCGCUCAUGAUCCGUACAUGUUUUGAUCAGUCUUUGCCUAAACCUGAUCUGUCAAGAUUAUGUUCAAUUACAUAAGUGGUAUUUAUGAUGAUUUUAGAUAUUUGUUGUUUGUGAUCAAAUAGGAUAUUAAGAUCACCAAACAUAUAUUAUUCGAUAUAUAUAUUCAUGUGACGUGUAGAUCACGUAAUUUUAGUAGCGUCUUAAUUAUAAGACUAUAUCACCGAAUACUAAUUAACCUUUUUUUGCGCUAAACACCCGCCUUCGACUAUGUUGUAACUUUAGUGGAAGUUUUAUUUAUUUUCAAAGGCUGUGCAUCCAAUAUAAUUUGUAUAUUAUACCCAUCGUUUUUUAAAUUGUUAAUUUUUGUGCAAUGUGUUGUCUUCAUUAUAAAAAAUGUAUAUUUACUUUAGUUUCCACACAAAUAUUAUUUUACUGUCUGUGAUCUGUCAUAUUAUCUAGAUGUAAAUUAAUAAGAGCUAAUUAAGAAGUUUAAAGGCACAAUAUAUUAGGCUUAUGAAAAUGAAAAGUUAUGUGCCAUUUUAGUAUAUUUAUUAUACAUACGUUUCACUUGUUGAUUGAUUAUAUUUUCGUUGAUCUCUUUAUGAAGUGUAAAUAGUAUUGUCGUGUCUAUCUGAUUUUAAAAUAUGUAUGAUAUGAUUAUUGUAUAUGCUUAUGUCAUGAAAGCAAAAAAGCAGUUUGUAAUAAAUAUACUAAUCGCACAUGAAAGAUAGUCCCGUUUCUUUAAUCGCCACUUGUUAGUAUGACUAAAUAAAGCUUUACUAAUUUUUAUUUACUAAAAAGACGUAGAUUUGUACGUUCGCAGAUUAUUACUGAUAAUAUAAUAUACUUUUUGAAAUUUUGGCGAUAUAUUUGUAACGGAUAAUCGUUACAAUCGAUGGUAUUUUAACUGGCUUAUAACUGAUGAUUAUGUGUAGAUAAUUUGAAAUAAAUGUAUUUCAAGAUCCGUGCAGAAAUAUACAUCGUGAACAAAUUUUGAUUCCAACGUGUGUACAUACAUUUGUAUAUUUAUUCUGGGAAAAGGGUAAUUUGCAUGAUUUUAGACAUGUGUUUAAAUAAA